AUGUCGUCGUUAUUACAAAGGCGCAUGCUCUCCAAGGACGAGGAGAAUGCGGGACAAGAAGUCGAGGUCCGUCGCGAGGACCAGGACAAGAUCAACAGAUUCAGCAGACUGCACCAAAGAGAACUGCUUCUGGGGGAGGAGCUGAAGGCGAAGAAUAAAGAAAAGGAAGAGCUAGACGACCUCUCGACCGAACUCGAACUUGCCGACGAAGACGAGAAGAUCCAAUACAAGAUUGGCGACGCAUUCUUCCACCUACCGCUCGAGCAGGCGCAAGAAAUGCUGAGCACGGCGACGACUCGAAUUGAAGAAGAUACGGGAGCUUUGGAAGAAAAGAUUAGCACCAUCAAGGAGCAAAUGACGGAGCUAAAAGUCGACCUCUACGCCAGAUUUGGCAAGCAAAUCAAUCUCGAAGUAUAG